AUGGGAAGCCUCCAAAGACAGGCGGUGCUAGAACAGGCCUGUUCGGGGGAAGCAGAAGGAAGGCCUCUGGAGGUCACGCGUGCACAGCUGCAUGCAGUUGUGCAAGCGCAAGAGCGAUCCAUAGAGGUAGCGCGAGCGAAGCUUCAUGCUGCCUUGCAAGCAGGCAGCCCCCAGGCCGCACAAGCAGACGAGCAAGCUUGCAUGCAGGCGGGCAUGUGCAGGUGUGGCAGAGUCUCUCCCAUGCGGCUCAGCCGGAUGAGCGACCUGCAGAGGCGGCACGAACGCACUCCUGCGCAGUGCAAGCGGACGAGCGGCCUGAGGUGGAGCAUAGACAUUCCUGUGCUGCCUUCCAAGCAGAAGAGCGGCCUGCUCAGGUGUCUCGGAGGCACUCCCAUGCAGCUGAAGCAGACGAGCGACCUGCAGAGGUGGCACGAAGGCACUCCUGCGCUGUACAAGCGGACGAGCGGGCUCAGGCGUCAGGAGGUCAAUGACCAGCGACCCCGCAGGUGGAGCAUAGACAUUCCUGUGCUGCCUUCCAAGCAGAAGUACAUGACUGGAUGCUUUGCAGUGUGCAGGUGUCUCGGAGGCACUCCCAUGCAGCUGAAGCAGACGAGCGACCUGCAGAGGUGGCACGAAGGCACUCCUGCGCUGUACAAGCGGACGAGCGGGCUCAGGCGUCAGGAGGUCAAUGACCAGCGACCCCGCAGGUGGAGCAUAGACAUUCCUGUGCUGCCUUCCAAGCAGAAGAGCGGCCUGCUCAGGAGUGCUUUCAAGUACAUGACUGGAUGCUUUGCAGUGUGCAGGUGUCUCGGAGGCACUCCCAUGCAGCUGAAGCAGACGAGCGACCUGCAGAGGUGGCACGAAGGCACUCCUGCGCUGUACAAGCGGACGAGCGGGCUCAGGUGGAGCAUAGACAUUCCUGUGCUGCCUUCCAAGCAGAAGAGCGGCCUGCUCAGGUGUCUCGGAGGCACUCCCAUGCAGCUGAAGCAGACGAGCGACCUGCAGAGGUGGCACGAAGGCACUCCUGCGCUGUACAAGCGGACGAGCGGGCUCAGGUGGAGCAUAGACAUUCCUGUGCUGCCUUCCAAGCAGAAGAGCGGCCUGCUCAGGUGUCUCGGAGGCACUCCCAUGCAGCUGAAGCAGACGAGCGACCUGCAGAGGUGGCACGAAGGCACUCCUACGCUGUGGAGCAUAGACAUUCCUGUGCUGCCUUCCAAGCAGAAGAGCGGCCUGAUCAGGUGUCUCGGAGGCACUCCCAUGCAGCUGAAGCAGACGAGCGUCCUGCAGAGGUGGCACGAAGGCACUCCUACGCUGCACUCCCAUGCAGCUGAAGCAGACGAGCGUCCUGCAGAGGCCUGA